CGUGACCACGCCUUCCUGACUUGGUUGCGGCUCUCCUCGUGGAAAUCGAGCAUAUUUCGUGCUGUAUUCGGCAUCUGUUUUUUGCAAAAAGACGUCUCAAAAUGACCGACGCAAAGCCCUCGCUUGCUCGUGAUGGAACAAUGCAAGUGACUGCAAAGGAAGGUAUUGAAUUCCUUGAGUCAGCCGGCCACGAAAAACUGCUAAAGCUUCAGGGACUGAAGGAGGACGACGACAGUGCAUCUGGCUCCAACAAACCUGGGCUUCCUCGAGAUAGCACCAUGGCAGUGACAGCAAAGGAGGGUGAGCAGUUUCUGGAAGCAGCUGGGGGGACCGUUGAUGCAGAUGCUUUAACUCGAAGCCAGCAGAAGAAAAUUGAAGAGAUCCAGAGUGAAACGUCUGAAGAGCCAUCCCCAAAGAAACCUAAAAUUUCAAAGGAAGGAACCAUGGCAGUUACAGCUAAGGAGGCCAAGGAACUACUAAACAAUGAAAAACUCGGUGAUACAAGACAAGAGACCAAGGCACGGAAAGGGCGAACACCACCCAAGAGAGAAGGCACAAUGGCGAAAACAAUGCAGGAAGCGAAAUCAUUGCUAGGCGAAGAUGACCUCAGUGGUGGACGAAGGACAAGGUCAAGUGCACGAGGGGCUGCUCCAUCUCCUAAACCACCAGUGAAACGGGCUGGAACGAUGCAGAAGACCGCUAAAGAUGGAAAGGAAUUUCUGAACAGGUCAAAAAAGAGCAAGAAGGAAGAUGAGGAGGAAGAAGACAAAGAUGAGGAGGAGGAAGAAGACGAAGAGGAGGAGGAAGAGGAGAAGAAUGAGUGAGAAGUGAAGUUAAUCAUUACGCAAGACAUCAAUCCCAGUUAUCAUUUUCAUCAGACUGAAGAGAGCGAAAGAGAGAGAGAGACAUGUGAAUCAUUUUAUUAACAGAGCAGCCAAUUUAGAUGUAAACUUGAAUAGAUGAAGAAUGUUUGUCUUUGUUUUUAGCAUAUUUGAUCAUCGUAAGUGCGAAAUUCUUAUUGAUCGCUAUUGAAAAUAGAGAUUUCUUAACAAAUGAAAGAUUUUUAGGUCUUGGUAUGGAUCAUUUCAACCACUUUGACAAAUGAUUCAUUUUGGAAACAAAAGUUAUUGAACAAAUGUACCAUCUCUACAUAUUCCCUUAUCUAGUUUCCAUUGGUUCAACAGGUGAGAUGCCAUCUUCAUACAUUGUCAGAAUGUAUAUUUAACUCAUUAAUGUCUGUUCUGUUUGUAAAAUGAGUAUUUCUCGUACAAUGGUUUAACGGCAGCAAUUUAUAAUAGAUGAAUAUAAUAAUGGUAUCUGUUAACGGCUUGUAGAUAAUGUUAUCACUAAUAAAUCACUACACCAAUGUACACAGAAACUUGUUUAUUUCAAUUUUUGACAUGUCAAUCAAAUACAAUGUAUAUGUCAUCAGUCCCUGCUAUGUAGAUAUGCAUCAUUCAUAUUGGCAGUGAGUGAAAAUGGUGGCUGUAAAGCCAUGGCAUGUCAAUUUCGAUAGACACCAGUUUGAAAUGAACGCCAGCAUCACUGUUACCAUGGUUACCAUUUGUUAUCAUUGACUUUUUAUUAGAGCAUCAAUGCAUAAGAAAUGUUCAUGUGUUCCAAAAUCUGCAUUUGUUUCGCAAGUACAACUUGUUGACAUUACCAACAUGUCCUUGAUGGCAUUAUGUACACUCAUACAUAAAUAGGUAUUUCCUUUCUAGAAAAAAAAUAAUUUCUCUGCUUGGGAAAAAAAUUGAAUUUACCCAAAGGCAGGUUAAAUGAAUAUUUAUGGAUUGAUGAGUUAAUCGACUUUACGAAUGCAUAAUCAAGCUCUAACUGGUUUGCAUCCUGUGUUCAUUGUUUGGACAUUCACAGCCUCUGCCAUCUUGUAUUCAUCCAAACUCAUGGCCAUUUUUACAAGCUAACAUUGCUCGCAAGUUGAAAACUCUCGAACAUUUAAACGAUUUGUGUUGUCACAAUCUUUGUAUAUGGAUUGUUACAUAGGAGUGUUAGUCUUUUAUGUAGAGGAAUUUGUUAAUGAUAUAGAAUAGGCAAGACUUGUAUGAGCGUUGAUAGAUUUUGUCGAACGUUUGUGAUUUUUCUUUUUUGAGGGAGGUGACUAAUAGCUAUCCUUUGCUUAAUUUGAGCCUUUUUAGUGGUAUUUAUGUAAUUUUCCUAUGCUGAUAACACAACCUGAUAAAGAUGGUGUUUUAUUCUGAUACGAUACGAUACCCAUCUGCAUGAAGAUCUUGGGACAACUCCACAAGACCUUCAGUCAAGGUCAUGGCUCCUAUAUUUUUUGUACUUGAUAAAUGAACUGAAACAAGAAGUUCCAAAUGUUAAUGAAUAUGGCAGCCUCAAUAUAUUGUUGUGGAUGUUUCACUCACCCCAUAUCCCAUGGGAUAUUGGGCUUUUUUUCUUUCUUUGUUUCAAAUCAAUUUUACUCAAAUCAAUAUGAUUAGAAAUAAGCGGAAUCAUUUCUUUAAGUCGAUGUGUUAAAGGCUCAUCCACCCCCACCCACCUGACAUGAGAGCUGUGGGGGUUUCCUGGAAUCAUCCUAGCGGGAUCGUUAUCAGAGUAAAACAUCUCUUGUCAGAUUGAAUAAUAACCCCAUGUAGUACAAGGCAACUAGAAUGUGGUUUCUUUAUACGAAUACGAGGGGAUAUACUUGGUAUAUUUUGAUGUGCAGCUGCAGUGAAUUUUAACUACCAAAGACUGGAAUACGAGUGAUAAUAACUAGAAAUCAUUGUUACAUUGUAAUACAAAAUUACAAUGUUGUGAUCGCAAGGAUUCACUUUUCCUGCAAGUGAAAUAAAUUUUAUUUAAAUUGUUGAUUGUUUUCUAAUUUAUUCCUGCUCUAUUGAGCAUGACAUUUCUGUAGCUUGCUGAAAAUUUAUGAAGUUUGUUGUGAAAAUGGUCUUCUAGAAAUUUUUAUCAAAUCAAUUGAGUUAGGUAUAUACAAAUGUUCUAUCUAUUGAGCAAAUUUGUCAUUAUCAAAGCUGUGGAAAAUGGCAGUUUUGUUAUCUGACCUGUGUUUCUGUGGUAAAUAUAUCUUGCAUAUUUUAGAUUCUGCGUUUACACAUUUUACUAAAGUGUUAUCUAUAUAUGCUUAAAACUUUCCUUUACUUCAAUGUGAUUCUUUUAUCAUAAGUCCAUGACUGCCAAUAUGAUCCAACUAGGACAAUUCUUUAGGGUAAUAUGUCAUCCCAGUCAUAAUGUCUGUGACAGCUGUCGGCCAUAAGGAGGUGUUCUACUUUUGUAUCAAGAUGUGUAUGUUUUGUGACUGAGAGCUUUGGAAAUAAACAUUUCUUAUGUCAGUA